AUGAAUCAAGCCGAGGAGGACGAUGAAAACCGUCGUUUGUCACUUGUUGUGGUGAGCACGACACGCACUUGGGAUGGUGGAGUUCUAUGCUAUCAAAUGAAUGAAGAGUAUCCGUUUGACUCGAAGCACAAGGAAUAUAUCUAUAUGGCGAUGAGAAUCAUCGAGGGAAGCACGAAUGUGCGCUUAGUGGAUACGGCUACAUGUAAGGCAGAGCGUAUGUCGUAUUGUAACUCGUGUGCAAACUGGGUUGACUUUAAGCAUCCAACAAGUGGUCGUGACUGUAAUUCAAGUAUCGGUAUCACGGACGAGGACCCUCAGGUCUUGAAUCUCGCUGAUCGCUGCUUUGAAGUGGACGAUGAUCUCAAGACUGUGUACGGUUCGGCCUUGCAUGAAAUGUUGCAUGCGUUGGCGAUGUAA